ACUAUAUUCUCGAGGAGCAACUAACUCUAACUCCUCUCUCUCUCUCUCUAAUCUCUCUCCUCUGUAAAGGGCGGGAAGACGCAACGAGGAAUUUCUCCAAUCUCCAUUGCCGCAGCUUCUCCUUCUUCUCCACUUCAGUUCCACAGGUACUCUCUCUCUCUCUCUAGAUUGCGGUUCAGUGAUCCUGAUCAACUGAUUACGAUCUGCAUUAGCUCGAUCAUGGCGCAUCGGCGAUCAUACAGUCACCAUCCGCGUGGGAUAUCAUCUCCGAUAGAGAUAACCUGCUGCUCCGUGAGAACUCCGAGCGGCACAUAAAGCCGCUGGUUGAUUCCACUGAAAUCAGAGCUAGCUCUGCUUCGGGCUCGUUUCCCCUGUUCAUUUCAACUCGUACCUAGCUAGUCCUUCACCUACAUUUCCGCGUCUCGCGAUUGUCUGUGAAUUUCCGUCACUUACUGAGGUGUUGAUGUGGCUCUGUUCAUUGGCCGAUGAAGUUGGAGAGGCAGAGCAUAGGAGAUGGACUAUCAGACACAUUCUCUGAUGAUCUUGUGGAUACAUAUUUGCAGUCUACUAAGUAGGACGGAAGAAGCCGAUGAUUAGUAGGGGGAAUAGCCGAGGGGCAUUUUGAUCGAUCAGUGAUCGCGAAUUGCUGUCUAUUUGCAGGAAUAUUUUGGAUCGUGAAAAUGGAGAACAAGCGGGUAGUGAAGGCCGCGAUGGUGAUAGUGAUUGCCUCCACGCUUGUGCGUUGCGUCUCUGGGGUGAAUCUCACGGUCGGUGGCGCCACCGGUUGGGACCUCUCCUCCAACAUCCGUGGAUGGGCCGCAAAGACUACAUUCCAUCCCGGUGACUUUCUAGUAUUCAACUACACGCCGCUACACGACGUCCUGGAGGUGAACAGGACGGAGUUCGCCGCCUGCAAGACCAUAAACCCGAUCGGAGCCUACACUGAUGGCGAGUCAGUGGUCCAGCUGAAUAAUCCUGGCGUCGCGCGAUACUUCAUCUGUGGUCGCAGCGACCACUGCUCCCGAGGCCUCAAGCUGAGGGUCCGUGUCACCACCACCAGGGACAGCAGUGGCAGAGGCCACCACCCCCGCCAGCGUCCUCGUCCCCACACCCAUCGCCACCAGCCUCCCAAGACUCGGCAUGGUGACGACUUCAAGGACAGUCCAAGUCCUAAAUCUGGUUCGUGGGAUUCAAAGCGAGAUGGUCCCCUGGGCUACAUGUGGUUCAUCGGAUUUCUCGUCGUGGCUCCGGUGAUUCUGGCUCCGGUGAUUCUCCAUCCCUUCGGAUCGGGUAGUUGGAUUUCUUGUCAUAUCUCUGGUGAUUCUCUGUCUCUCCUCCUGAUCGGGUAGUCGGAUUUCUCGUCAUAGCUCCAGUGAUUCUCUCUCUCCUUCUGAUCGUUCCGGGGAACUAUCGACUUCUUGGUCAUGUAUUAGA